GUAGAAGAGAAACUAGCCAUUCCCACAAGAUCUCCAAAUUAUAAACAUCCUGAAUACAAUGCUAUGUCUUUGAUCAUUAAAGAUAGCUUUUUAUUUAGGACUUGUCUUAAUGGACUUGCCUACAGCGUACUAAAGAGACAUUAGCACCUACUCAGGAUUUCCAACAUUCAAAGUGAUAUAGGUUGACAUGUAGCUAAGCUAUUAACUUGAAAGCAUUAAUCAGAAGGAUUUCCUUUUCUCCUUUUAUGGAACUAUUGAAUAUUUUAUGGCCUAAAUAAAAUCUGAAUAAUGACAGAUUUUUAUAAGGGCUAUAUUGAUUAUAUGUGUCUUAUUUUGUUUUUGUUCCAUGUUUUUUUAAAAAGCAACUAUAGUGACACUGAAACCGAAGGAGAGAUUUUUAAUUCCUUAGUGCAAUAUUUUGGUGAUAAUUUGGGGCGAAAAGUUAAAGCUAUGCCAUUAGUUGAAGAAACUACUUUACUUGAAGAUUCAUCAGUGUCUUUGCCUGUGGUAGUAAUAGGAAAUGGACCUUCAGGAAUCUGCCUUUCUUAUAUGUUAUCAGGUUACAGACCAUAUUUAUCAUCAGAAGCAAUACAUCCAAAUACAAUCUUACAUAGUAAAUUAGAAGAAGCAAGACAUCUUUCCCUUGUUGAUCAGGACUUAGAAUACUUGUCUGAGGGCCUUGAGGGCCGAUCAUCCAAUCCAGUUGCAGUGCUUUUCGACACACUUCUUCAUCCAGAUGCUGACUUUGGGUAUGAUUAUCCAUCCGUUUUGCAUUGGAAAUUAGAACAACAUCAUUAUAUCCCUCACUUAGUUCUUGGUAAAGGUCCACCUGGUGGAGCUUGGCAUAAUAUGGAAGGCUCCAUGUUGACAAUCAGCUUUGGAAAUUGGAUGGAGCUGCCUGGACUUAAAUUUAAAGAUUGGGUGUCUAGCAAACGAAGAAACCUAAAAGGGGAUCGAGUUAUGCCGGAGGAAAUAGCUCGUUACUAUAAACAUUAUGUAAAAGUCAUGGGUCUUCAGAAGAAUUUCAGAGAGAAUACUUACAUUACCUCUGUAUCAAGACUCUACAGAGAUCAAGAUGAUAAUGAUGGUCAAGACAGAAAUAUUUCAACACAGCAUUUACAGCUAGAGAAGUCAAAAUUUAUCAAGAGAAACUGGGAAAUCAGGGGUUAUCAGCGAAUAGCGGAUGGUUCCCAUGUUCCCUUCUGUCUCUUUGCUGAGAAUGUAGCUCUGGCAACUGGAACAUUGGAUUCUCCUGCCCAUCUGGAAAUUGAAGGGGAAGAUUUUCCUUUUGUGUUUCAUUCAAUGCCUGAAUUUGGAGCUGCUAUAAACAAAGGAAAGUUGCGUGGCAUAGUGGAUCCAGUGUUAAUUGUAGGCUCUGGGCUUACUGCAGCUGAUGCAGUACUGUGUGCUUACAACAAUAAUAUCCCUGUGAUUCAUGUAUUUCGCAGACGAGUAACUGAUCCAAGCUUAAUUUUCAAACAGCUUCCCAAAAAGCUUUAUCCAGAAUACCAUAAAGUCUAUCAUAUGAUGUGUACUCAGUUAUAUUCUGUAGACUCAAAUCUUUUAUCUGAUUAUACCAGUUUUCCUGAGCACCAUGUGCUUUCCUUUAAGUCGGAUAUGAAAUGUAUUCUUCAAAGCAUCUCCGGAUUGAAGAAAAUAUUUAAGCUCUCUGCAGCAGUAGUAUUGAUAGGUUCUCAUCCCAAUCUGUCUUUUCUGAAGGAGCAAGGGUGUUACCUGGGUCAUAACUCAAGUCAGCCAAUCACAUGUAAGGGUAAUCCUGUGGAAAUAGAUGCAUAUACCUAUGAGUGUGUUAAAGAAGCCAAUCUUUUUGCAUUGGGUCCUUUGGUUGGAGAUAAUUUUGUUCGAUUUUUAAAGGGAGGGGCAUUGGGUGUUACACGCUGUUUAGCUACAAGACAGAAGAAAAAGCAGCAUUUAUUUGUUGAAAGAGGAGGAGGAGAUGGGAUAGCUUAAAGCACAUUUACAAGUAAUUUAUAUGGACAGUUUACCAUUAAAGAUUUUUAAUAGUG